AUGAAUUCUUGGGAUAAGGCUAGGGAUGACAUUGACAAACUUACAGAGUACUUUUCGUCCGACGCAAGAUUCGAUUUCGUAGGUUUCAUCGCCCAUGGAAGCUAUGGCUCUGCAAGUCGUGUCCGGUAUAAGAACCCGGCCACAGGAGACUGGAACAACUUUGUAGUGAAGAGGGCGUUUAGUUCAGAGGCUGCGGAGGAGGCUAUGAGACUGGAAAAGGACUACCUCAUGAGAUUUCGCGGUGCUUUGCAUAUUGUCCAAAUCCUAGAUGUUGCCAAUAAUCCUCUAGCCGUAAACCCUGUUCCGGGAGAGUGGAUUACAAUGGAAUGGCUACCUUAUGGCUCACUGUCAGAUUUUAUCUUUAAGACGAAGAAGAAGAAAGUAGAUCAUCUGCCGAAUCGUUUGCUUUGGAGGUUUUUCUUAUGCCUUGUUCUCGGAGAACCCCCUGAUGAUUUCGAGCAUACGAUUACGCCGAUUUUGAAGGUCAUUGACUUUGGUAAUGCUGGAGAGUGGUCCUGGAUCGAGUUCACAGGCACAACUACACAUAGUAAUCUCUGGGACAUAGGCAAGCUCAUGGUUAGUUUGAUUAUUUUGGAUGAACGCCCUUAUGUCGUAAACUUGGGUCUGGGCGAAGUUGCAUUCCCUGAGCGCGGGAUAUUAUUGACAACAGACGCUGACAAGAUCCUCCCGCUCGAUGAGCCCGGGGCGCCGUACCCUUGGCUCGAUCCGCAAUUGGGGAAACUCGUCGCCUGGUGUCUAGCGAGCGAACCCGCAGACCGUCCUAGCCUAUGGGACAUAGGUAACGAAGUAGGGUUUGCUGUAGGCAGUAAGCAAGCGGCAGCUUACCCAAAUCGGCCAGAGGAAGAGAAUGACAAUAUAUCUCAGCUCUGGCGGAGAAUAGUCCUCGAUGCAGACACUUAG